UCUUUGCAACCCGUGGAAGGCAAACUAAAAGCAAUGGCUUCCCGCACGCUUCCUCCAACUGCUCCUCACCAAACCCCCCAACCCCCACACUAUCUCCCAUUCUUCUCUUUCUCCCCAAGAAAACCAACGCCAUCUCUUCCACUUCCUCCUCCUCCUCCUCCUCAUGGAUUUCCCCACUCCUAAACCUAAAAACAACUUCUCCGACGACCCUCUCAUGCCCCUAACCCUCUCCCAUCGCUCCCCUCAUCUCCUCACCAACUGCGAUCUCCCUCCGCCGCUCCAACUCUUCACCCCUCUCCUCUUCGACGACGAAACCCCUAGCGUACUAAGAGCCCUGCGCCUCUCGCAAUCGAGGGCGAGGGAGGCCGAGGAGCGCGUUGAACUCGCCGCUGCAAAGAGCGCUCGAUUGGCUUCCAUGCUCUUAGAUGAAUCGCUGCGGAUUUCAGCUCACAGGCGUUGGGUGAUGAUGCUGGAGUCCGAAGUCUCCGCGCUCAAUAAGAGGCUUUCGCAAGCCGCCAAGGAAGAUGGUGAUGGAGCCGCCGACUUCGCUUGGUGCAUAGCUCUUGCGCUCUGUCUAGGGAUUGCCGGCGUCGGCUUCGCCCUCGGCCGGUUCCUGUUCUGAGACCAUUAGCCUUCAACUACGCACCUGCAACACACACCGUCAACGAGGUGAAGGCGAAAGACUACAAGAGCUGCACAGCAAGCAACUACCUUUCCACUGACAGCAGCGGCUCAACAACAAUACGCCUCAAGAAGGCCGGCACCCA